UGCAAAUAAAAGGGGUUGCUCUCAUUCAUGAAUCAAUUCUGGUCCCGAAUCAAUUAGCAUUCUGUUCCUAACAUCAUAUGAAAAGGCAUGCCUCACCACGACAAUGUCCCUUUCACAGCCCCAAAUCUCAGGACCCUCAACAUCCCGGGCAACCACUGACUCUCAAGCUCCCAACCCACAGCUCGCAUCCUCAUUCCUCACACUCCUCCCCUUCGAAAUUCGUCAGCAUAUUUACAAGGAGGUGAUAGCCUCCUUCUCCUGGGGCAAUAAAUUGCAUAUUUUCAGCCGGAACCAGCAACCAAUUGAGCGUUACGGAAAACAAAAAGAAGUCACCUCACAACUUACCUACAUUCCCUGUACAUUGCCACCUAGAGACCAACUCCCAUUGAGCCAAAACACAUAUGGCUACUCUCCAUCUUGGCCAACGCAGCACGAGUGGUGCCAAGGAUGGAAGGCGACCGGCCAAGCCCCUCCACCCUUGCAAGGAACAUAUCUGAACUUUUUCCUUUCUUGUCGAAGAAUUUACGAAGAAGCAAUUGGGCUGUUGUACAGUGAACACAGUUUUGCAAUCACCUCGCUAGGCACGAUGCACCGCUUCCUCACCACCGUCUCUCCACAGCACCUUAAUCUAAUCCAAAGCUUGCACGUAACAACAAUCAUUCCAGACAUCCAUCUCUUUGGUUCCGUUCACCCAAGUGAAAUGCCCAUCGCGGUUCAGAUCAAAAGGCAAGAAACGGAGAUCUACUGGCUGACCUGCUGUAUGGCACUGUCGAGGAUGGCCGGCUUGAGGAAUCUGGAAAUCGAAUUCUGGAAUGAAACCCAUCAGCUGAUUUGGGGAGAAAAUAUAUUGAAGGGGUUGUCUAGUGUGAAGGUCUUGGAGGGAGGGAAUUUUGUGGUUAGGUUACCGUGGCAGGAUGAAGCCCAUGUGGCUAUAGAGAGCAAGGUGGUUGGAGAGUUCAAGGUUGAGUGGAGGGCGUUCGGUGCUGAGCCUGUAAACGACCGGGCCACGGCCAGAGAGUACCAUGACCCACCUUUAAGGUGCUGCGAGGUGGCCUUUUUCGUUCUAUGCAGUCCUUGCAUUUUACUUUUCGGCGCAGGGUUGGGGGUGAGGACUUUAGUAAAGAGAACGAUGAGAAGGAGAUCUUGAAAUAAGCUGCCCGGGUUACACUUCUGAACGAAGUUGGAACGGCUUCUCAUGUAGAAUAAAUGUACAAUAGGAUCAAGGUUAGGACGUCAAAAAAUCCAAAUUCUCAAC